AUGGCGAGCUCGAGGCAAGGCCACGCAGCCUUUGAUCCGGUUCACGAUGCCGGUUCGUUCCAAGUCGUCGCUCCGCUGCCCGGCGUCGAGGUUGCUGACGAGCUCAUCUUUCCUGCGGUCUCAGCUGCGGAGAACGAGAAGGCGAGGAGGGUCGCCGCAACGCACGCAGCACUCGCAGCGUGGGGCGGACCCAAUUCCCUCCGACGUAUGAUUAUCGCCGCGGUCGAUGAGUGGCAGGAGGCCAUCUGUGACUUCCGCCGAGGCAGCUCGAGUUACGAGACGGCUUUCCUCACUUACGCGACCCAAAUGCCCGAGCACCUGCACAUUCAGCCCGGACUCAACACCAAGGACGACAGGAUCCACCUGACUUUGCCGGCUCUGCCAAUUCGAGUUGUCCUUGCAACAGAUCGGUAUCGACGACUGCAGUGGGCGAUCGCACAACGCGGCGUCAACAAUCCUGCCAAAAUUCACGAGAUCGCCGGUCCUGCAGUUCUCAAGGCGCAGCAGGCUCCGCCGAAGGACAGCUCCUGCGCGUAUCCGUAUAACGGAAACAGACCGGCACUUCUCAAAGACGGCCUCGUGGUCAGGCUGUUGUCCGGAACAGGGCGCAAGGACAUUCACGUUCGCCUGCAGCAGCACGACGCGGAGGAAUACCAAGUUUCCGGUGUUGACACCCUCUCCGCCGUCGCCCCUCGCACGGUUGUCUUCAACUUGACCGUUGAGCAUGCCGCGGUCAACCCGCUCCCCACUCUUUAUCUCCGCCUCACCUUCGACCUCGACUACGGCCAGCCAGGACACGCCGGCGCCCGGAGUAGCUCGACGAACGCGGGACAUGAGGUUGUUGCGCGGUCUUUGGGCGUGCGGACGCCUCGCGUAUUGCGGAGGUGGUGA